UCUCGCGGUGUUGCCCGGGGAUCCCAAGGACCCUGCGCUGGCCAAGGCUGCCGGCUGUGGGAAUUCCUGAUGACUCCGGCUCGGCACGGUGGCGGGAAAUGCUCCGGCGCCACUGCCAGGGAGCUUCCCGGUGGCCCCCGCAAUGUCAGGCUACGGCUGGCCCCGGGGGGUGACACAGGUCGGGGACGUGGGUCCCUGUCCCAGGGCACCUCUGAGCCCGCAGUGUCACCGGCCUCACCGAGCGCGGCAGGAGGAAGGGGAGGGUGCAGGGAAGGUCCCGCCGGCGGCUCCGGGGGUUCAGCCCCGACUGGCAACAGCCGCCCGCAGUGGGGCACUCGGGGAACCGGGGCGCCGUGACCAGCCUGGGGCAGCCCUGCGGCACCAGCGGGGCCGGGCCAGGAGCGCAGCCGAGACCCGGGCCCGCUCCCUCCCGCCCGGGGAGCCGCCCGCUCCCCUCUCACCUCCGGCCCCGCAGCCUUCGGCACAGCAGCCCGGGCCGGUCCGCAGCCCCUCCCGGCGGCGGGGCCGGGGCGGCGGGGCCGGGGAGGCUCCAGCGGGACACCCCGCACCCCGCUCCCGCCGUGCGGCUCCCGCCCCGCCACCGGCCGCUUUCGGUUUCGCUCCGGCGCCCACCUGGGCUCUGCAGGUCGGGGCGCGCCCGGGCCCGGAGGCAGCGGGUGUAGCGCCGUUCCGGAGCCACCGGCUCACUCCGGCGGAUGAUGAGAUGUACCAGCGGACGCGGGUGAUGAUGCUGGAGCCGGAGUCCCCCAACAUCAUGUUCAUCGAGGGCUACAGCACCCGCGGCUUCACCAUCAGCGGAGACCUGGUGGUGGGGCCCUGCGCCGUCCUGCCCCGCAGCAUCCUCCAGUGGAACGUUGGCUCCCACCGGGACAUCUCGCUCGAGAGUCUGUCGCUGUUCCGGCUGCUGGAGCCCCAGAUAGAGAUCCUGGUGCUGGGCACAGGGGACAGAGUGGAGCGGCUCCACCCUACCACGAUGAAGCAGAUGCGGGAGUGCGGGAUUGCUGUGGAGGUGCAGGACACGGCCAAUGCAUGUGCAACCUUCAACUUCCUAAUGAAUGAAAGGCGUGUGGUGGCUGCUGGGCUCAUCCCCCCGCGGGGCACCUACGGGGUGUAGGCGCUGCUGCCAUGCCCAUGGCCUGGGCGGUUCUUCCCCUGCCUGUCUGAAGCCCCGGAGCGUCACUGCUCCCGACUGAGAAACCGUGAACUGUGGAGCUGUCAGCUCAGCCCUCUGCACACAGGAGGCUGUGAAAUACACGGGCUUAGCUCUUCCCUGCAGUGCCUGGCUUCUUGGCCUCCCUGCCCAGUCUGGGCUGGAGACUGUGGGGCACAGCACAAGGCUUUGCUGGCGGCACUGCUCCCACAGCCCUGCCAAGGUCAUGCCCCACAACUUGGCAGCAAGAAGCCUCAUCUGAGGGAGGGUGAGGGCUGGUGGGGUGAGCUGUACAUCCCCAGGCACAUCUGGAGCUCCACGAGGAAAAUAUAAGUAAAUGGGAAGUACCAGAAA